AGGAUCCUUACUACAGAUUCAAUGACCUUAACUACAGGUGGAUUUCCUUGGAUAACUGGACCUAUAGCAAGGCAUUUACAAUUUCCUUUGACACUAGCAAAUGGCAGAAAAUAAAUUUGAUUUUUGAGGGAAUAGAUACAGUUUCAAAAAUCCUGUUCAAUAAUGUCACUAUUGGGGAAACAGACAACAUGUUCAAUAGAUAUAGCUUUGAUAUUACCAGUGUGGUCAGAGAGGUGAACUCCAUUGAACUGCAUUUUCAGUCAGCGGUGUUGUACGCGGCACAGCAGAAUAAAGCUCACACCCACUACCGGGUGCCCCCAGACUGCCCUCCACCUGUGCAGAAGGGUGAAUGCCAUGUCAACUUUGUUCGGAAGGAGCAAUGUUCCUUUAGUUGGGACUGGGGGCCUUCCUUUCCUACCCAGGGAAUCUGGAAAGAUGUUAGAAUUGAAGCCUAUAAUAUUUGCCAUCUGAGCUACUUCACAUUUUCCCCAAUAUUUGAUAACAGUGCCCAGGAGUGGAAUCUUGAAAUAGAGUCUUCUUUUGAUGUUGUGAACUUGAAGCCAGUUGGUGGUCAAGUGAUCGUAGCCAUCCCUAAAUUGCAAACACAGCAGAUGUACAACAUUGAACUUCAACCUGGAGAAAGGACUGUUAAGCUAUUUGUGAAAAUUAACAAGAAUAUUACUGUAAAAACUUGGUGGCCACAUGGACAUGGAAACCAGACUGGGUACAACAUGACGAUUCUUUUUAAGCUGGAUGGAGGCUUAAAUAUAGAAAAAUCAACUAAGGUUUAUUUUAGGACAGUGGAACUUAUACAAGAACCCAUAAAAGGAUCUCCUGGUCUGAGUUUCUACUUCAAAAUUAAUGGAUUGCCCAUAUUCCUGAAAGGCUCUAACUGGAUCCCAGCAGAUGUGUUUCAGGACCGAGUAACCUCUGACUUGCUACAACUCCUCUUACAGUCUGUUGUGGAUGCUAACAUGAAUACUCUCCGGGUUUGGGGAGGAGGAAUUUAUGAGCAAGAUGAGUUCUAUGACCUCUGUGACAAACUAGGAAUAAUGAUAUGGCAGGAUUUUAUGUUUGCCUGUGCUCUUUAUCCAACUGAUAGCGGCUUCAUGGAUUCAGUGAGAGGAGAAGUUGCUUACCAGAUUAAGAGACUAAAAUCUCAUCCCUCUAUUAUCAUAUGGAGUGGCAAUAAUGAAAAUGAGGCAGCCCUGAUGAUGAACUGGUAUAAUAUCAAUUUUAGUGACCUGCCAACCUACAUCAAGGACUAUGUGACACUCUAUGUGAAAAACAUCAGAGAGCUUGUCUUGACAGGAGACAGGAGUCGUCCUUUUAUUACAUCCAGUCCUACAAAUGGAGCUAAGACCAUCGCAGAAGGCUGGGUCUCUAAAGACCCGUAUAGCACUUAUUUUGGUGAUGUACAUUUUUAUAACUACAUCAGUGAUUGCUGGGACUGGAAAGUUUUUCCAAAAGCUCGAUUUGCAUCUGAAUAUGGAUAUCAGUCCUGGCCUUCCUUCAGUACAAUAGAAAAGGUCUCGUCUAGAGAGGACUGGUCUUUCAAUAGCAAUUUUUCACUACAUCGACAACAUCAUGCAGAUGGUAACAAGGAAAUGCUUCAACAGGUCAGACUUCAUUUCAAACUCCCCCAAAACACAGAUCCAUUACGUGUAUUUAAAGAUACCAUCUACCUUACUCAGGUGAUGCAGGCUCAGUGUGUCAAAACAGAAACUGAAUUCUACCGCCGCAGUCGCAGUGAGAUAGUGAAUCGUGAAGGGCACACCAUGGGGGCACUUUAUUGGCAGUUGAAUGACAUCUGGCAGGCUCCUUCCUGGGCUUCUCUAGAAUAUGGAGGAAAGUGGAAAAUGCUUCAUUACUUCGCUCAGCAUUUCUUUGCACCACUGCUGCCAGUAGGCUUUGAGAAUCAAAAUGUGUUCCAUGUGUAUGGUGUGUCAGACCUUCACUCGGACUAUACCACAACACUCACUGUGCGAGUCCAUACUUGGCACUCCCUGAAGCCUUUGUGCUCUCAUGUGACUGGACCAUUUGUGAUGAAAGCAGGAGAGGCUGUUUGCCUCUAUAAGGAGCCGGUGUCCUCAUUACUCAGGAGAUGUGGGAACUGUACACGGGAGGGCUGUGUGGUUUCCUUUUUCCUUUCAGCUGACCAUAAACUCUUGAGCCCAUCCAAUUACCACUUCCUGUCUUCACUGAAGCAGGCCGUGGGGCUCCGCAAGGCACAUAUCACUGCUUUCAUCUCUCAGCAAGGUGACAAAUUUGUUUUUGAUCUGGAGACCUCAGCUGUCGCUCCCUUUGUUUGGUUGGAUGUGGGCAGCAUCCCAGGGAGAUUUAGUGACAAUGGUUUCCUCAUGACCGAGAAGACACGGGCUGUAUUAUUUUACCCUUGGAAGCCCACAAGCAAGAGUGAGUUGGAGCAAUCUUUUCGUGUGACCUCCCUGACAGAUAUUAACUGAGGGAAUUUGGGUUGUAUUUUCAGUUGACACUGGGAAUGAAGCAUUUCUAAAGCACCGACUGGAGAGGAAGGUACCAGAGACAAGUUGAAGAAACUGAGCAGGCAUCUGCCUGCCACCAAGCAUCUGCUCAAUCACUCUGGGAAGAGUUUGUACAGUGAGCACUUUCAGGGGAGGCUAUUUACUCAGGUGAAGCCCUCAAACAAGCCUGUGCC